UCUCUUUCAGCUUCAAAGUUUCAUGGAUCAAAGUCCAUCAAAGCUACAUCCUCCAAUUGUCUCAGCCCUGUGGGUGGAUAGAAGAGAAGGCAGCAGCCUCUGAGUCGGCCUCAGUAGCUGCAGACCAGAGGACAACAAGCGUCUUGUUGCCCAGUAGGACUGGUGUGACUGAAGCGAGCCCUGUGGACCAUGUCUUCUCCAGCUCUGGACGAGUACUGUGGGUCUGUCUUCUGGAAUGCAUCGUACGUGGAUAGAGCGGAUCCAGAUCUCCCAAUAUGUUUGGAGCAGACGGUUCUCGUCUGGAUCCCGCUGGGUUUCCUGUGGCUCUGUGCCCCCCACCACCUGAUUUCCCUUUGCAAGAGAACAACCAAAAAACGCAUGUCCAAGCUAUAUCUCUGCAAGCAGUUUGUAGUGUCUCUCUUAUUCCUGACGGCCAUAGCAUCCCUGGCAGUCACGAUAGCAGAGGGUCAUGGUCCAAACAGCGACUCAACGCAAACAGAGAAAAUUGCUGGAGUGUACUAUGCAAACCCUGUCCUGUUUGCUGUCACAUGGAUCCUUCUUCUUUUGUGUCAAGAGGGACUGAGACGGAAGGAAAAACAUGUAGACUCAGCCACUCUAUUUUUCUUCUGGCUGCUCCUUGUUGUUUGUGAUAUUUUUCCUUUUCAAACCCUCAUAAGAGCAGCACUCAGGGAGGGAAAGGUCAGCGAUGUUCCCCGUUUCUGCCUUUUCUACAUUUCUUUUGGACUGGAACUGGUUGCACUUGUCCUCUCUGCUGUGGCUGAUAUUUCACCAGAAGAUAAGGAGCACAUGAAAAAGAAUCCUGAAAAAGCUGCUACUUUUUUAAGCAGAAUAACUUUCAAUUUUAUUAGCAGUUUGGUGGUAAAAGGUUAUAAAAGGCCCCUGGUUCAGGAGGACAUGUGGGAUCUGAAGGAUAUCGACACCACUGAUCACAUCAGCCAGGUUUUCAGCUCCAACAUGAAAACUGAGCUAGAUGCAGCUCGGGUUCGAUAUCAGAAGAAGCUGCAAAAGCGUGCGAGUUCAAAGAGAGACAAAGCACAGAAGGAAGACUUUCAUGAUGGAAUGUCUAAUGGUCUGGGGAAAGGUGUGAGUCAGGAUGUCUUGAUGAUGGAGGAAAAAGGGAAGAAAAAAGGUGGAAAGAAGAAGAAAAACAAGGAGCAGAGUGAAGACUAUCCCAACUCAUGGCUGGUUCCAACCAUCUACAAGUCCUUUAAAUGGAUUCUGAUCGAAUCUGCUUUCUUCAAACUUGUGCAAGACGCACUUUCUUUUGUGAGCCCUCAAAUCCUCAAAUUGAUGAUCGCCUUUACUGAGGACAAAACCAGUUAUGCCUGGGUGGGCUACAUGUAUGCAAUACUGCUGCUGCUGGUGGCAGUUCUGCAGUCUCUGUGCCUGCAGCAAUACUUUCAGCGCUGCUUUGUGCUGGGAAUGCAAGUUCGCACUGCCAUCAUGGCUGCUGUGUACAAAAAGGCACUGGUGGUAUCCAACGACACCCGCAAAGAGUCAACAGUCGGGGAAACCGUGAACCUGAUUUCAGCAGAUGCCCAGCGCUUCAAUGACGUGACCAACUUCAUCCACCUGCUCUGGUCCUGUCCUCUUCAGAUCAUCAUAUCCAUCGCUUUCCUGUGGAUUGAGUUGGGACCCUCUGUGCUCGCAGGACUGGCCGUCAUGGUGCUAAUGGUGCCAAUAAAUGGGCUGAUAGCCAACAAGGCCAGACAAUAUUAGAUAGAAAACAUGAAGUUUAAAGAUGACAGACUGAAAGUCAUGAAUGAAAUGCUCAAUGGGAUCAAGAUCCUCAAGUUGUAUGCAUGGGAGCCAUCUUUCCAGGCUCAAGCGGAAGGCAUCCGGGAGAAAGAAUUGAAAGUCAUGAAGAAAUUUUCCUACCUGUCAUCUGUGUCCACCUUUUUCUUCACCUGCGCUCCAGCUCUUGUGUCUCUGGCCUCAUUUGCCGUCUUUGUGAGCGUCAGUCCAGACAACGUGUUAACACCAGAGAAAGCUUUCACCUCAAUUUCCCUCUUCAACAUCCUCCGAUUCCCCCUGGCCAUGCUGCCCAUGCUUAUCGCUUCUAUUGUGCAAACCACAGUGUCAAAGAAGCGCCUGGAGAAGUUCCUGUCAGGCGAGGACAUUGAAGCUGGCGCUGUGCAACACGACUCUAGUUUCAAAACUGCUGUCAGUGUAUGUGAUGGUACCUUUGCUUGGGAAAGAGAUGCUGAACCGCUACUGAAAAAUGUGUCUUUGGAAAUCAAACCUGGUCAGUUAGUGGCAGUGGUGGGAGCUGUCGGCUCAGGGAAGUCCUCUCUCAUCUCAGCCCUCUUGGGAGAGAUGCACAGCACCAAAGGCUUCAUCAACAUCCAGGGCUCUAUUGCAUAUGUGCCUCAACAAGCCUGGAUCCAAAACGCCACCUUGAAGGAUAAUGUCCUGUUUGGCUCUCCCAACGACGAAAGGAGGUUCAAAGAAGUCAUAAAGGCUUGUGCCCUUGAACCCGACUUGGAGCUGCUGCCUGGAGGGGCCCUCACUGAAAUUGGAGAGAAAGGUAUCAACCUCUCCGGAGGGCAGAAGCAACGUGUGAGCUUGGCCAGGGCCGCUUACAGUCAAGCUGAUAUAUAUCUGUUAGACGAUCCUCUCUCUGCGGUGGACGCACAUGUAGGAAAGCACCUCUUUGAAAAUGUUAUUGGUCCCAAAGGAAUACUCCAGAACAAGACUCGUAUCCUGGUGACUCACGGAGUGAGCUUUUUGCCUCAUGUUGAUGAAAUAGUGGUCUUGGUGGACGGUGUUGUUUCAGAGGUCGGGUCCUAUAGCAGCCUCCGCGCCAGCGGAGGGGCUUUCUCAGAGUUUCUUGACACAUAUGCCAAAGAGCAAAGAACUCGAACCCGUUCAGAGUCAGAACAUAGCCAGAAUAUGGAAGACUUAGAGCUCCUCCCCGACAGUGAAAACACUGACCUGGAUACUCCUUUGGAGGAUGUGGUUUCUUCUACUUUGAAGAGAGAAAAUUCUAUUCGCCGCAGCCAGCGUAACAGCAGCAUCAGACGAAGGAAAAACAGUUCUGUAAAAAAAACAGAAAAGGCUGAUGACUUAACGAAAGGCCAGAAGCUAAUAGAGAAAGAAGCAAUGGAAACAGGACGGGUGAAGUUUUCAGUAUUCCUCCAGUACAUGCGAGCCAUGGGGUGGGGAUACACCACCAUGGCUUUUGUGGUUUACUUCAUCCAGAACAUAGCUUUUGUUGGCCAGAACCUGUGGCUCAGUGAGUGGACCAACGAUGCAGUGGUUUACGUAAACGAGACAUACCCUUCAUCGCUGAGAGAUUUGAGAGUGGGAGUGUUUGGAGCUCUGGGACUGGCUCAGGGUUUGUUUGUGUUCCUCGGCACGUUGAUUCUGGUCAAUGCUAACAUCGCUGCAUCCCGUAUCCUGCAUGAACGGCUGCUCAAAAACAUGAUGCGCGUUCCCAUGAUUUUCUUCGACACGACACCGAUUGGAAGAGUGGUGAAUCGCUUUGCAAAGGACAUUUUCACCAUCGAUGAAGCUAUUCCAAAUUCCUUGCGCUCCUGGAUCCUCUGUCUGCUGGGUGUGCUGGGGACACUUUUUGUCAUCUGUCUGGCCACUCCUUUCUUUACCAUCGUCCUCGUCCCUCUGGCUAUAAUCUACUACUUUGUACAGCGCUUCUAUGUUGCUACUUCAAGACAGCUACGUCGGCUGGACUCUGUGUCUCGCUCUCCAAUAUACUCCCAUUUCGGAGAGACGGUGUCGGGUCUGACGGUGAUCAGAGCCUACAAUCAUCAAGAGCGGUUUCUUAAACACAAUGAAAUCACUAUUGAUGAAAAUGUCAAGAGUGUCUAUCCGUGGAUAGUGUCAAACAGAUGGUUGGCUAUCCGUCUGGAGUUCCUUGGAAACCUGGUGGUGUUUUUUUCCUGUUUGUUUGCUGUUAUUUCCAGAGAUUCUAUAGACAGUGGCAUUGUUGGCCUGUCUAUAUCCUAUGCACUUAAUGUAACGCAGACCCUGAACUGGCUGGUAAGGAUGACCUCUGAACUGGAGACUAAUAUUGUGGCUGUCGAGAGAGUGAGUGAAUACAUCGAGAUUGAGAAUGAGGCUGAGUGGGUGACUGACACUCGGCCGCCUAAGGACUGGCCAGAGGCUGGAAGGCUCCAGUUUGAAAACUACAAAGUCCGUUACCGACCUGGAUUAGACCUGGUGCUGCAUGGAAUCACAUGUGAUAUUGGCAGCGCUGAGAAGAUUGGUAUAGUGGGCCGCACUGGAGCUGGAAAGUCAAGUCUGACGAACUGCCUGUUUAGAAUUAUCGAGGCUGCUGAAGGUCGCAUCCUCAUUGACGGUAUAGACAUUGCCAAACUGGGGCUGCACGACUUGAGAUCUAACCUCACAAUCAUACCACAGGACCCAGUCUUGUUCUGUGGAACGCUGAGGAUGAACCUGGACCCGUUUGACAAAUUCAGUGAUGAAGAUGUCUGGAAAGUGCUUGAGCUCUCUCAUCUGAAGGACUUUGCAGCUGGGCUGAAGGAAGGACUGCAACAUGAAGUUUCUGAAGGAGGAGAGAACCUCAGUGUUGGACAGAGGCAGCUGUUGUGUCUUGCUCGAGCAUUGCUGAGAAAGUCUCGCAUCCUCAUCCUGGACGAGGCUACGGCAGCCGUCGACCUGGAGACAGACAAUCUGAUUCAGAACACCAUCCGUAAAGAGUUUUCCAGCUGCACCGUUCUGACCAUUGCCCACCGUCUGCACAGCAUCAUGGACAGCUCAAGGGUAAUGGUGCUUGACGCAGGUCGAAUUGUGGAGUUUGACACCCCGCAGAACCUGCUUUCAAACAAAGGGCAUUUCUAUGCGAUGGCGAAGGAUGCUGGAAUAACUCAACAAGACAGCUCGACAGCUCUCUAAUUUGAACGUACUGAUUAGUGAAAUCCACAAACUAUGUACAGAUGAUUGUUUACAUAUUGGUUACUUCUGUGUGUAUUAUAUUUAUGGGAAAAAAAAUAGCAUGAAAUAAUCAUUUGAAUGUACAUAAUGUAUUAUGUCAAUGCUUUUAUUAGAGUACUGUCUUUUUUUCUGGGUAUAGCUAAACAUCUGUGGGGAGGUGUAAAUUGUUAUUUGUUGCUGAAAAAUGAAAAUAAAAGGUUUUACUGA